CAAAGUGGAAGGUUGCGACUGUGUGAGGGUUGUGUGAAGUUGAGAGUGCAGAAAACAAUGGGAAGCAGAUUGGGAAGAAGAGUGGUACAGUUUGCGAACCUACCCAUUAAGCUUUUGAUGCCUAACACCUUCACGAACAUCCAAGAAAUCGCUCUCAAGACCAUCCCUUCAGCCUCGAAGAUCGAGAUCAAGCGCGUUCUCGAAUCCCUCUACGGCUUCGAGGUUGAGAAGGUUCGAACUCUGAACAUGGAGGGUAAGAAGAAGAAACGUGGUGGCUUGUUGAUCGCAAAACCCGAUUACAAGAAGGCCUACGUCACCCUAAAGAACCCGCUUUCUAUUUCCACGGAUCUUUACCCGAUUCGAAUCAUCGAAGAGGAUAAGAAGAGGAUGAACAAACAGACCAAGUCAAGCGUCGUUCAGGAAGCCCAUACCAAGAGCCACUGGCUCGAUGAGAAGAUGGAGGCAAACCGUUUUAGGCCCAACAAUGGUUCGAACCGGGCCCGAUUGGACCGGGCCGAUGGUGCUGCUAAGUUUCCCUGGGCCAGCAUGAGGUCUGGUAGUACUAGUAGUUCUAUUAGGUAGUUAUAUUAUUUUUGCUUUUUUUUAAGUGUUGGUAGUGUUUGUUAAAUUCCUUGAGUUUAUAUGAUGGAAUUUGUUGGACUAACUAUGUUUUGAAGGGUUCAGCUUAUGGAACCUGUGAAUAAUUGAAUAUUAGAUUUUUU